GAGGGCUCUGGUCAUCAGGGACCCCAGGCGCGACAGGGAUGCGCGUGGGCCGAGACAGUGGCCUUUCCACAGCGCUAGACCAGGCCCCAAAGGGCCAGCGAGGGUCCGCGGGGUGCAGGACCAGGGAGCCACCUCUCUCUUCCGCAACCCGGCCUAGCCGAGGCUUGAGGGAGAGGGCGCUAAGUUCCCGGGGACCUAGGCCUGGGCAGGGGUAAGACCUGGAUGCCCAGACCGCUCCCCCGAGUCUCCUUCAGCCCCCCGGGGCGCUAUGCGGGAUAACGGCCGCCUUGCAGUCACCCUGCUGCGGAGGGAGCCCACGUCCAGCCAGCGACCCCGGGCCUCCUUCCCUGCCUCCUUCCACGUUCCCACCCCUGCCGAGAGCACCGCCCCAUUACUUGAUUAGGUCCCUGUAGUCCACGAAGGAUAAGAUGAGCAGCAGAGGGUCGGUGGGCAGCGACUCCAGGGUCAGCAGCCCCGUCUCGGCCUCUACGGCAGCCAUCUUGCCCGGCCCGCUGCAGCCUUGGCACCACCCCGGCCCCGCCCCCGCCCCCGCCGCCCGAACCGCUCGGCGGCCGCUAGCACAGGCUUCUAAACCUACUGGUCCCAGAGAAAGUUUCUUCCAACUACUUAAGUGUAAGAAAUAAUCAAAUGGGUUGUGUGGUGAGAGAGGCUUGGGAAAUCCAAAAGACGUCACAGGUCAGUCACUUACGUGGCUUGACUGUUCCAUGUUCCACUGGAUCCAUAACAGAGAAUCCGGAUGGCAAGCUGCAAAAAUUGGCAGGGGCCCUUCAGUGUGCUGUCGAUGUGUCUGGAAUUCAAAUAGUAGGAUGCAGAGAUGCCAUGACAAUGGGAAGCAAGCUUUACCUGGAGAAAAUGAUGCGGACAUGGCUGCUGCAACCCGUACUCACACACGGGGACCUUCGCAACCACUCUCCAGCGGUCCCCAUCAUGCCUGACUGCGAUUGCCCUUACUCAAGGGCAUUAAAUUAAAAAGUAAUGUAGCCGGUGAUUCUUUUUUUCCCCUAUCCUCCCCCCCCCUCCCCAUCCAGGCAGUGAAGAAUGGGGCAAGUAAAAUAAAAACCUUGACUGC